CUGAUCAUCGAGCACACUUGCAGUAAACGAUGCGAGCUUCAGUCGACCAAAUACGCUCGCAGGAAUCAGACGCGUACUCGCUGCUGGCAAGUUAAACACGCGUUGCUAUUGGCAUGGUAUAAACAUUUCGAUUGCGUAUGGUUUUUCUGUAAAUUUUCAUUAGAAAAUUCGCGUUUGAUUGUGAUACAAUGCGUUUUUGUCCCUGAAAUUAGCUGCUGGAUUUGGUCUUCAAUUAAAACUGUCUGUCGAAUUACACGACGAAACUGUAGUUUGGUGUGAUUUGAUUAGUGUCUUAUAAAUCUUGUGUGUGUUUUACAUAACUAAGGCUUGGAAAUUUUCGCUGACAUCGAUCAAUAUCCUGGAAUCCAAUAGAAAAUCUUAUAUAUUAUGGAUUCAUCAAAAUACUGAUCGUGUGCUGUGUAGUUUGUGUUCAUUUAUUUUAUUUUGUGCGAACGUUUAAGUGAUUUAAUAAGGAUAUUAAGAUGCAACACCAUCCGGGAUCUUGGUACUUGCCUUGGGGGGUGCCCCUGCAAAAGAUGGUGGCGGUACCCAUUCAUCCAACAGGUCAUCUACACCUGCAGCCACCUGCGAUGCAUGUGCAGCCCAUGUUGACUGGUCUUCCAGCGCCUUUGGCCACACUAAGAAGUUUCGUCACGCAACCCACCAUUCGUCAGAGAAAGCUAUGUGAUAAAGACAAAACUAAGUUAACUGGUACAGAAAAAAGGAAAGCUGACGAUGGAGAACCUAAUAAAGACCUAAAGAAGGCAAAACUAGAGACCAAAGCCUUAAAAGCAAAGAGGCCCGGAUUUACAGACGACCGUUACAACGAAACGUCCUACUACAUUGAAAAUGGCCUGCGGAAGGUUUAUCCAUAUUACUUCACGUUUACGACUUUCACAAAAGGACGCUGGGUCGGCGAAAGGAUUCUGGACGUAUUCGCUAGAGAAUUUCGAGCCCAUCCUGCAGAAGAAUACGAACGGUGCAUACAGGCUGGAACGCUGACUGUAAAUUACGAAAAAGUUCCCACCGAUUACAAAUUAAAACACAACGAUUUAUUGGCAAACGUAGUUCAUAGACAUGAAGUUCCCGUCACUAGCCAACCCAUCACCAUUGUACACAUGGACGAGGACAUUGUGGUGGUUAAUAAACCUGCUUCUAUCCCAGUUCAUCCAUGUGGACGAUACAGACAUAAUACUGUAGUAUUUAUACUUGCCAAAGAAUACAACUUAAAAAAUUUACGGACAAUACACAGAUUAGACAGACUAACCAGUGGGCUGUUGCUAUUUGGUAGAUCGCCGAAAAAGGCUAGACAAAUGGAACACCAAAUUAGAAAUAGACUCGUACAAAAAGAAUAUGUUUGCAGAGUCGAAGGCGAAUUUCCCGAUGAAAUAAUUGAAUGUAAAGAACCUAUUGAAGUCGUAAGUUACAAAAUAGGCGUAUGUAAAGUCUCACCGAAAGGUAAAGAUUGUAAUACAAUUUUUCAAAAAUUAGGAUAUAAUGGAAAAACCAGCAUUGUGCUAUGUAAACCUAAAACAGGGAGGAUGCAUCAAAUUAGGGUUCAUUUACAAUAUUUAGGUUAUCCUGUAGUUAAUGAUCCACUAUACAAUCAUGACGUAUUUGGCCCACAAAAAGGAAAAGGUGGCGAUUUAGGCGGAAAAACCGAUGAAGAACUAGUUAAAGACCUUAUUCAUAUUCACAACGCGGAAAAUUGGUUAGGCAUGGAUGGUGACAGUGAUCUUUCUAUGUUCAAUCCCAGAAAAGGGGACUUAGAUGAUUCGUUAGUUGGAAGUCUCGUAGUAAAAGAUCGAGUGCUCGGUGAUGACGAUGCCGAACCUGUAUCUAGGGAACCAUCGCCCUGUGAAGAAUCUUGUGAGUCAGCAGUCAUAUUACCCCGUGAGUCCUCCAUUAGUCCUAACCCUGUGAUGAUGGAUUCCUUAACUGGUAGAAGGCAAAUUGAUAACAAUGCCACAGUUACUGUAGCAACACAGACUGGCCAUGAAGCUCCAGAUUUCAGCUUUAACCCCGACAAAAUGACUGUCGACAAACACUGUUAUGAGUGCAAAGUCCGAUACAGGGAUCCCAAACCACAAGAUUUGGUCAUGUAUCUACACGCUUGGAAGUAUAGGGGUCCUGGAUGGGAAUUUGAAACAGAACUUCCAGAAUGGGCCCGAGUAGAUUGGGUGGACGUUGAUACUACCGAGUAGAAGUAACCAAACUAUAAAAACUAUUAUUUAUACAAACUUAUACUUCCUUAAUAUGCUACCAUAUAAGGCGUCUCUAAUCCAUUCUGUCUUUCCAUGCUAUUAGAGUUUUAUAUGAACUUAGGGUUACACUUGUAGUUUUAAAACCCUAAGCAAAAAGGCCAGGGUCCAAAAUAAAAUCGUUUUCGUCAUUAAUUGUAGAAAGCAACUGAUUUUGCUCAUUUAACAGCCAACAGCCACGAGUUUUUUUUUUACACAUCCCUAAAUUCAAUUAGUACAGAUUCGUAUAAAAUAUAAUGAGCAAAAUAUUUUGCUAUUAUUAUAAAAUGCUAUACUAAGCAAAUGUAUUAUUUAGAUAAAAUGAUAUAUUUGUGAAUUUCGUUUAAUUUAGGUAUUUCAGUGCUAAAAUGAUAUAAUAUAGCUGGCCUUGGUGCCUAGAAAAUUUGAAAAGUCAAUCAAACGACUAUUUUUAUAUGUCAUUCGCAAAUAAAAUUGUUACAGUAAGUGCCAUUUUAUAAUCUGCCGCGAUUUUAUGCAGAGUUUAAAAGUUGAUUUUACAAAUUUAUCAUAAAUGAGAAGAUAAACAGUACUGGAAUACAAACUGUGCCUUGUUGAUGUGUGUUGUGAAAUAAUUUGCAGAAUAUAAUCACAAAAUGUAACAUAUAUAUCCGAUUUUUCAUAUCAGCUUAAGAUAUCGGACCCUUGCUUAAAAAUAAAUUUAUGAUGUAUUGAUUUACUAUUUAUUUAGUUUUCGAUAGUAGAGCACUGACAAGGAGUGUUGUUUUUUGGAUUGAACUUUGUGAAAUAUCCCAUGUUUUAUUUUUCAGUAUUUUUAUUAAUUUACAAUAUUUAUCAGUAGAACAACAUAAAAGACAACUUUAACAUUCUUCCCUUUAAUAUAUUAAACUGUACACAAGUUUUCUAUUAAUCAUAUGUUUAGUAAUAUGUACAUAAGUUGAUAAAAAUCGUCUACAAACGUUGGACAAUAUGCGUAUAAUACGUUAAUUUCUAUUUUAAUUUACAUAUUUGUUCGACCUUUUAUUGGUAGAUUAUUAAAAUUAAACCUUAGAUAAAUUAAUAUUGUCUAAUAUUUAUCAGAAAUUAUUUGUGUUCAGUUUCUAAUUAUACCAUAUCAUUUUAAGAAUAUUUGUGAUAUUGUUAGUCCAAUUUAUUGCUAACCAUUAUAUGUGUGAUUUGUUAUUUUUUGUUUCAUUCCAUAAUCAUGGGAUGAGUAGUUAAAUUCCAUAGAUUAGUGAAAAUGUCAGUGCUUUUUAAAAAAUCAUUUACAAUAUGUAUCAGCUCAAAGGAAACAUGUAUUAGAUAAUGUUUUAAGAUACAAAUAUUUGAUUACUUGUUAAUAUAAAUUAAAUUAAAAAAUUAAAGCAUACUGCACCAAUUUUAUUUAUUACAAUUUUUAUCUAUACAGGAUUUCCUCGGGCAGGGUGGAGUAAGUGAUUUAAAAAUUGUGAAAUUACAGUAAAUUAGAUAAAUAUUUACCUGAUAUUUACAUUAUCAGAAGAAGUUUAUACAGAAAUAUUUUUGUAUAGCCAUUGGACUAUAUAGAUUUUUAUAUUUACUGUAAUUGAUUGUUUUAAUUAUUAUUUGAUAUUUGUGAUGUUAAGACAAAUAUAGGGACCUACAUUACAAUAGUAUAAGUGUAAAUUGACAAAAAUAUGUAAAAUAUUGUUCUUUAGAUUUCAUUAUAUAUGUAUACAUAUGUAUGUAAUCAAAUUUCUGUUAAAUUAAAUUAAAAAUGAUAAUAUUGAUCAAAAUAUAAUUCUAUAUUAUGAGAUGGAUUGCGAUGAUAGUUAAAAUUGCUUAAAGAGCACUUAUCUAAAAAUCAUAUCCAAAGAAAAUAAUAUAUAUAUAUUAUGGCAAAAUUAUACAAUCCCGAAAGAGCUUAAAUAAUAUAUUUAGCUUUUGUAUUUUUUUUAAUAUUUUAUAAAUCAUUACUAGUAAUUUCUGACAUGUUUUAUAGCUUGCGCUUCCAUUUUAUAUUCUAGUUUUGGAAGAUCAGAAAACAAGAACAAAUAUUUUCAUAAAUUAAAAACAACAAUAAAUGUAAUUAUUGUUGACGUCUGAACGUCUUAACGUCUUCUGGUACUCUGACAAAGAGUGAAAAAUAAAAUUAAAUAGUAAUAUUGUAAAGUAAAAAGACAAUCAAGGAUAAUUCAUAUACAACAAAAUUGCGGCUAUUUUCCCAUAUUUAAUUUUGAUUUUUCACUCAGCGGUCAUGUAUAAAAUUUCUAAAAGACAGUAUUUUGUUAAUCUGCUUAGGUUUUGAAAUUAGUUACCAUUCACAUAAACACAAAUAAUUUGUACAAAACAUAUAAUUUGUUUUCGAGUGGAUGGAUUUUAUGUAUAAUUAUUGGCAUUGUUGUAAUUUAAAGUAUUUGCUAUCACAUUGUUAAACUUUGAGUUCAUAGCUUUUUAUAAUCUGUGAUGAUUAUUGUUUAUAAAGCUAUGACAAGGUAUUUUAAGAAAAUAUAGACAUGUAAUUAUAUUGUAGUUAAAGUGUGUAAUAAAAUCAAAAGAAAACGA